GAGGACUGCAUAUCUUCCAGAAACCUCAGCCGGACCGCACAUCCACGAAACCCAGAGGAAAGUAAAAAUGACAGACAUUUGGUAUGAUCCAUCUAUUCAAGAACCCAGUAAAGAAGAUUGAUUGAGAGGCUUAAUUGUUAUUGAGUAAGAUGCGCACCCGGCUGAACACACACGUUUUCAAAGGCAAUCAGACAUACGCACCAAUGGAUGAGCAAGACUAUCCACACUUACUAGGCUAAAUAUUUGGUUCUGUAUCUCUUUAUUGAAAUCACAUUGUAAACUGAGAACUUGAAUGAAAAUUAUUUUUUCAACAUCUGGACGUAAAAAUGGGCUGUUCCCCAUCCAAGGGUCAGCUCUUCCCAGAGGUAGCAGAGGGGAUCCACAAGGCUCUGCUGCCAGGACCACCAAAGUUGGGUGACAUCAAGCCUGUUGAGGGAGAAAACCAAGAUAUUGACGAUAUGGAUAUUGACAAAGAAUUAGAGGAACUCUCAUUAUCAGAGGGGAAUCCUAUUGCCCCUCUGGGCAAAGUGGCUGACAUGGCCCCCAACACAGCCAUUGUGUCAAACCCAGGGACCGUCUCUGAAACAGAGGUCAAAAUGACGUCACAGGUGAGAGACAUACAGAGUGAGGAAUUACCGGAGAAGCAGGUGAAAAAGGUAGCGAAGCGAAGGAAAAAUAAGGGCGUCAAACAGGGUCGUCGAAAAGAAAAGGAGGUAAAUACCUCCAUCAUCCAGGAGAAGGUGGACCUCCCCAUGCACAUGGCGAGAGCUCACCAGGCUGCCUACGAAUACCUGAACCCCAACAUCUUCAAGUGUGAGACCCUGCUGGAGCUGCUGGACCAGGCCGCCCAGACCCAGCUCUCCCUGCAGCCCAUGAUGACAGCCAUCGUAAUGCGCUUCGAGGAGGUCAACCAGGCCCUGGAGGAGAUGGCUGAGGAGGGCGAGCUGAUGCUGAAAGAGCAUAGCAACCACAUGGCCUGGCCCUCCGAGACAAGGGCCCCAGCUCCCAUCCCUGCCAAGCCCAGUGCUGACCUAUCAGAACCCCCUCCAGACCUGCUGCAGCAGCUGCUCCAGCAUUCCACUGAAAAGUUAAAGCUGGUGGGGAGCUCGGUCCAAGGCCUGGGAGACACUGCUCUGGAAGAGGCGGCAGACUACUUUGCCUCGCUAUCUAAACUACUGGGCGAGAAGCUGCAGGCCAAGCGAGCGGUAGACGAGCGUCUGAGCCAGGUGCUGGCACGUGUGGAGGCAGCCGCCAAGUGCAACCUUGAUGACUUGUCCCUUCACAGCGAGGACAGCGGCAUUGGGGGAGAGAACGAGUCGCUGACGGGAUCAGAGCGCCACCGUUGCCAACGCCCCACACUCCCAAGUCAUUCACCUGACCAGGUAUGCCUUAAUAAAGGUGAGGAGGAGGAAGAAAAUGAGGAAGAUGAUGAUGAUGAAGACGAGGAGGAUGAAGAGGAAGAGAGGUCAUGGAGGGUGCGGUCCAACUCUUCCUUGCCAGACCCCAUUCAGACCCCCAAGCGCAGUGAGAGGCAGCCACCCAAACGACCCCAGACCACUGCCCCCUUGGGCAGGCCGGUGAGACCACCACACUCACAGUCCAUAGAAUCUUUCCAUGUUCAGGAGCUGCAACAGAAAGACCUGGACCAGCAGAUGGGAGACGACACUCUGAGAAGACACUCAUCAGAAGGGAGGAAGGUUUCUAGAUUUAAACUCGAAGGGUCCGCGAAGGCAAACCAAGCACCAAGUUCUCUACCAGCAAUAGCACCACAACCCCCUGGCCGCAACUCUGUCAAAAGACUCAUAAACACAUUCAGUGGUGGGAUGGACAGUAGACCAGGACAAAGUCUCACUAGUGCACACCUUAGGGGGUCUAGGAGGAGUGGAUCUCCCAUCUUACCCGACCUUGGAAGUGGAGAGGACAUUGUCAUUACCAACAACAAUAAUAACAGCUGGCCAGUGGAAGGCAGGGAGGACCUAGAUGUGGACAACCUGCCCCCACCUCCCCCUGAGGUCCUGAUGGACAACUCCUAUGAGAGCAACGAGGAGAACCCGGGUGAUGAGGACGGGGAAGAGGAGGACGUCGACAGGAGGGGCCACCCUGUGCCACACCAAAGGAGCACCGCCUCUCAGCGCCUGAGGGCCUCGUUGCAGAGCAUGACAUUGUUGCCCAACCGUGGCAGUGUCGAACCAAUCAGGCAGGAUGCCGUGGCGGGUGGAGAUCAGCAGCCAGCCUCUGAGGUCAACCAAAAGACUGUGCAGGCCUCCUCGCUCUACCGCCAGGCCUGCAAGAUCAUCCACCUGCGCAAUGAAGCUGAAUCCCCUCCUACGAGACCUGAUCAGGGUGUCCGAGGACCCCUUAGAGUUGGGGUGAGCCUCAGGCAAAGAAGCAGCAACCACUAUGAGGGGGAGUAUUACCCCACCAGCAUGCCACCAACCGUCCCAUCAGUCUCCAGAGUUCGCCUACCACCCUCUUGUCCCUCUACGCACCACAGACUACCAAGCCCCCCUGCUUUCGCACAGCCUAAUCCACCCUCACGUCCAUCCUCUCCCCGGGUCCUGAGAUGGAGCACGGAGAACAGUGGUGAAGAAGGCAUGUCGCCGUCAGUGUCCUUCAAUGAUGCCCGAUCGGUGUUCUGUCAAAAUAGCCAAUCGAACUCCCAGAUUUGGACCCCCUCCUGUAGCUCUACACUACCCAGGCCCUAUGGUGAGCUCUCCCGGGGAAGGGUGUCCACACGAAGGUCCCAGACUGUCAGUAGGCGCAGCCAGUCUGACCAGAGACCCAGCCUGACGACUCAACGGGAGGAGUCCCUUAUCCCAGGCACACCACAGGCCCGGACACGAGGAAGUGAGCCAAAUAUCACCAAUAACAGUGAAAGGAUGGUCAAUGGUCUUGUGAUGGAAGGGGAGAACCAAUCAGAUCCAAGUGAUGUUGCUCCAACUGACUUGGACACUGAGCAGUAGUGAAUGGCAGCCUGCCAGGGUAGAAUCUACCGAGCUAAUUAGAAGGUGAGGACUGAGCAUAGAAACGUUAGAACGUUAUUCCAACAACAAUAACAUUUACAAAAUAAAUAAAAAUAUAUUCUAAUUAGGAUUAGUUGAUUUGUUGAAGAUUAAUAAUGAGUAUACUUUGCAAUCUGUCAAUACAUUUCUGAAAAUGUUUUAUAAUGAUUGACUAUGACUAAUUAUAUAUUGGUGAAUUGGUAAAAUUAUUAGUUUCUUGUUCAUGUCAUACUGUUUAUGAAUUAGCAUUUUGUGUCUGAACUGUUGGCAUUUUUGUUAUACAGUAACUACAGUGUUUGUUUGCAAAUGUUGCUUUAUUAUUAUUAUUCUACACCCUCCUGUAGCUCAGUUGGUAGAGCAUGGUGCUUGCAACA